AUGUGGAACAAUCCCACGUACAACGCCGACGACUCCAUGGCUGCAGUUCUUCGUGAACUAGCAGGAGCCAAUGAUAACGUCCAUGACGCGCUGCUCGCCUUCGUCGACCUCGACCAGAACUGGCCGUAUCGCUCUUCAGAAAACGAGCAAAAUAAGGAUAUCAAACCUUCCAAAUUGGUCGGUCGCCUGGAUCUGUUGACUACUCUGCCAAACACACUUUCGCGCAUGGCUUGGCAAUCAAGGAAUUCGCAAAUGAUGUGGCCCCUUGGUCGACGGUUGCCAUGCAGUAAACCAAAUUCUGCCAGCACUUGA